AUGGCCUAUACUCCCAAAGACCCUACUAUGUUAUAUCCGUACACCAACUGGCCGCAACGGUCAACUUCACCAAGUCCAAGUAUCGAGUCAUCGAGCUCAUUCGACUCCGAGCGAUAUGAUUCAGACCAUACGGACUGCGACACUCAUCUAUCUCCAGCUUCCUCACGGACGGACCUCAGCGACGCCGGGCUUGACGAUCCUACUCUCACCUCGGACGCGGCAAAGGAGCUCGCUAGGAAUGAGGGCGGCGAUUCAAGUCCACCCGCUUUGACAGUAGAGUCCCCAACUGGACACCUUAGCAAGUGCCGCGAAUUCAUAGCAAGACGGCUUUCAACCUUGCUUUGCGUCGAUUACUUCUCGGUCUACGCAAAGGUCUUCUACAACAAGCGAGGAGGAGACUUUAUUCUCCCCCUUCGUGCUCUCGGCCUCGGCCAUCUCGGCCCUAUCGAGUCUGAGAUUUUAGCUGGAUUCCAGCGAAACGACAUCAUCUCUUCAGUGGUCAUAAACAACGCCUUCGCCAUUUUUACAUGCUCUACUUCGACCCUUGUGUCUGCCGUGCUUACAGACAUUGCUGCGACUGCAAACUAUGGCUUCAGUGAUCUAGGACUCGGUCGGAAGAUGAUCGUAGAGUACUCAUCACCGAACAUCGCAAAGCCAUUCCACAUUGGCCAUCUUCGUCCUACUAUCCUUGGCGCCUUCCUUCGAAACCUCCACCUACGGUCAGGAUGGAAAGUGACCGCAGUGAAUUACCUUGGCGAUUGGGGCACACAGUUCGCCAUGAUCGCCGUUGGCUUUCAAAAGUAUGGAUCCGAUGAAGCGCUUCGCAGGGACCCCUGCAAACACUUGUUCGAGGUCUAUGUCAACAUUACGAAGGAUGCCGAAACGGACCCGAAUGUCAAGGUCCAGGCAGCUGCAUUUUUCAAGAAGAUGGAGGACAUGGACGAAGAAGCGAUAGGAUUGUGGAGACAUUGGCGCGAGCUCACCGUUGCACGAUAUGGCAAGGACUACGAACAACUCAACGCCCAUUUCGAUGUUUACGCUGCCGAGAGCGAGGUUGGGCAAGACUGGCAAGAUAAGUCAGUGGAAGUGCUCGAGGGGUUAGGCUAUAUUACUCCGGUAGAAGGUAGCCUUGCGAAGGUGGUCGACCUCACACCAUGGAAUCUCAACAAGGGUGUCUUGCGGAAAGGAAACGGGACCUCUAUCUAUCUUUCCAGGGAUAUUGCUGAAGCAGUGAGGCGCAGCGAGGCAUACUCAUUUGACAAAAUGGUCUAUGUUGUCGCGUCGCAGCAAGACGUUCAUAUGGCGCGGGUGAUCAGAAUUCUUAAGCUGAUGGAGUUCCCUUGGGCCGGCCAAUGUGAGCACGUCAACCAUGGUCUCGUCCAUGGUCCAAAGGACGCUGCUGGGCGUAUUACCAAAUUUUCAACCCGAAAGGGCAACGUUCUACCGCUUGAUGACGCGAUCUCCCAGGUGGAAGACGCAGUACAUAUUCUAUUGCGUAAAGACGCCCAGCGCUACGCCUCCAUCCCUAAUCCCGACAAAGUCGCUGAAGAGCUUGCAAUAUCUCUUCUUAAAAUUGCCGACUUCUCACGGAGAAAAAUCAAGAACUAUGGCGUGGAUGCCGAGAACCUCGAAUCAAUUGUCCACAAAGGCGACAACGGGCUGUUACUACAACUCGUAUAUUCUCGGCUCGUUGCUCUGCGGCGGCGGAACCGACAUUUGCUCCCAGUUAACCCCCAAGGUGUCGACACCGACCUGUUAACGGGCCCACUGGUUCACCGCCUCGUAUUCCUCCUCGGAAAGUACCCGGACAUUAUUCACACCACCAUAGCCACGAACGAACCUUGCAAGGUUGUCAACUUUUGCUUCGAGUUGUGCCACGCCAUCAGGCGCCUGUUGAACACUGCCGGAACUCGUGGCAACGAAAGUGAGGCGACGGCAACGGCAACGGCCCAGCUCUUCAUGUUCGGGUGUGCGGAGAAAGUUCUCAAAUCUGCUAUGGAGCUGUUGACCUUGCGCCCUCAAGAGCAGUUGUAG